UGAAUCAUAUAGAUCAAUAAAUAUUCAAUUUCAUAUUAUAUCAGUUUGACGAUAUCGGCGGAGUCACCGGAGCAAAUCGGCAUAUUUCAAGUCCAACGAGAGCCACCUGUGAAAACAAUCGGAGAGGUAACACGUCGGUAUUUAUUACAUAGCAGUACGUGUUACACUCGCCGUCAAGAAGUAAUUCCUCUCGCGUGUGAGUCCACAAUGCAGCUGAUAACAAAGCUGAUAACAUACGGCGGAGAAAUGACACGCAUUUUUGCGCCGAUUUUUGCCGAUCGUAAGAACAUCAAUGUGUUACAAUAGCCUUUGACCACAAGAGCUGAGAAAACACGGUCCUUUACGACUUGAUCGCUGCUCGCUGUCAAGUUGGCUUCCUAUCGAUUGGUAGUGUGAGCAAUGAACAACAAUAAGACCCGCACCGCUAAUGCGUUAUUAACAGCGACGCUCGUUGAAGCAUCAAACUUCUCGUCUUUAUCUGACGUGUACGAAGAAACGUUAUUAUUUUCCGCCAGCGCGACAAAUCCUGUAUCACGAAUUUCAUCUCGGAAAACCCUCGUAAUCUCCAGCUGCUCCGAUUCGACGAGGUCGAUGUCUUCCGAGAAUAAUAAAGUCAGCCGUACAUGCGUGUGUGUGUGUGUGUGUGUAUGAUAAUUACACACAAGCGUCCGAUGAUAAUUGCAUUCGUGCGUGCAAAAAGCAUAAUUUUCCAAACCACGUGAGAUUGAUUAAUCGUGUAGCGAAAUCCGAUCGAAAUUGUCUACUUCGCAAUUGUCUGCGCGCAAAUAUCGCCGGAAGUUCUCACAGUCGUUCCGUCGAAAUACUACUCUCGCACGAGGCGAUCUUAACCGCGUUGGCGCGGAUCAAAUAAUGUGACGAACCAUCUAGCCGUAGAAUGCAGCAAAACGCAAUACCGGGGCGCCGGCGAGGUGGGGAGAUUUGUAUCGCUUCUCCGAAGGUGGAAGGGACGAAAACGGCGUGACAGGCCCUUCGUGGGGCAUCGUGCCCAUACCUAACAGUAACCUGGCGGAAUCCGAGGGCCGCGGAUUAGGCACGCGAAUACCUGAUCUCUCCCGCGUUACAGCCCGUGCUCGUUUCCAAGAGAGAGUUUCUCACUUCCUCCUGAAUCCAGCGGUCUCGCGUCGUCUCGUAUUAACGUUGCCCUCCGUCCGUUUGACCUCGAGACGCGAGGUCCUUUUCCAACGUCCUACAUGUUCGCGGACCUCCGCGGAGAGUCGAUAUUAAAUGAAAAUUCUGCAGUGCGCGCGCGGCGCGACCUCGAGCCCUCACUUUCGAAGGGGAGAGCUGGAACGACGUGAAGAUGGAAAUAUCUUCGCCAAUAAGGACACACUUGACCAAUGACAGCCGAGGUCCUCGCUCGAGUUCACUUACCCCCGACGACGCCAUGUGCCAAUAACGCGGCACUUUCGGUCGUCUGAAGACGAAGGAAGCGGCCGCGGGAGGCGAAGCGAUCGUACCGUCGUAGGCUGCUUCGAGUUUGUAAAACGUCGCAAAGUUUUCGCAAUCGAGAUGCCCGACGUGGAGAUGCGUGACUCAUCACGGUGACGAAUGUGCGAUUCGCGAGGUGUCUCGUUUCAGUAUGAGAGCAACUUCCAUGGUUCAACGGUCAUGAGACGGAGACGCUCGGGAUCUCGAGGAGCAGAAACUGCGUCGCCCGUGGACCGGCAAUAUCUGGGGACUCGUCGCAGACUUGUCGCGUAGACCCAGCGAGCGAUGUCGUCGAGCGUGACGUCGCACGAGGCGACGGCGAUGCCGGCGGAGGCAGCGGAGCUAGACAGCGACGGUUCGAGCUGCGGCGAGCGCGACCCCCGAAAGCGUGUGCGCGGCGACAGUGACCCGACCGGGCCCAAGAAGCGCCGGAAACAGACCACACCGGUAAGAUUCUCGUCCGGGCUCGCAACCGGCGCGCACGAGGAAGAGCGCGAGGACGAGCACGAGGACGAGGACAGCGAAGGUAAGCCGUCGUCGUCGCGAUCGCCGUUGCCGAGCAACGACCAUCACCACGACCAAUACCAUGAUCACCAUCACCAUCACCACCAUCACCACCAUCACCACCACCAACAACAACAACAACAACAACAACAACAACACGAACACCCGCCGUCUUCGAAAGACGAGAACCUGAACAACGAGUUCCGUUGCCAGCACUGCGGCCGGUUCUUCGACAGCAAAGAGACGCUUAACGUCCACGUGGACGGCGAGCACGGCGCCGCGAAUCAGGCGACGCCGGGCUCCGUCGCCAUCAAGUUAGAACCGACGCAGCAGUCGGAUCAGACCGAAGGUCCCGUUAGUCUCCUGAGCGUGAAGAACUUCGCCACCUCGACCGCCACGUGGCUGACCUCCGGCGGUCAGCAUGUGCAGUCGCAGGCGCAGAUGCAAGCGCAGGGCGAGGACUCGUGGCCUGGCUCGGUCAGUCAGAUCGCCACGAUGACGAAUCACUUGCAGGCACUCUCGGCUUUCCCAGGCGCUCUCGCGCAGUACCUUCCUCUACCAAGUUUCUCCUUAGCGGAUCCCCAACAGCUCCCGAAGUCAUCCCUGGGACCGACGCCGACGAUCAGGAUCUUCAACCCGGACGCGUACUGCGACCUGUGCAACAAGGAAUUCUGCAACAAGUACUUCCUGAAGACGCACAAGGCCAACAAGCACGGCAUUUACGUGGACUCGCCAGCGAGCACCAUGUCGGCGAGCACCAUGGACCCGGGGAACGUGCCCGGCGUCGUGUUCGGCGCGAAUUUCCACGGCAACGUGACGACGGUGAAGCUGGAGCCGCUGGCGACGCCGCCGACCACUGGCGCCGCCUGCGACAUUUGCCAGAAGCGUUUCCGCAACGAAGAGUCCGCGAGGAAGCACAAGCAAAAGGUUCACAACGAGUCGGCCGAUCAGUCGGAUCAGUAUGUGUCUCUAUCGCAGAACGAGGAGGACCGCGAGACCCCGCGCGACAGUCCUGGCGGCAUAGAAACGCUCUUCAAGCAGGAAUACGGCGUCGAGCAGGAGGACACCAGCUUCAUGCCAGCACCCAGACACCUGUCGCCCCAGUCCAUUCAACAAGCUCGCGAUUCCGGCUUCAACGUCGAGCGUCUGCGUCGCCUGGGCGUGAUCAAUCCCGAAGCGUUCUGCGAGAUUUGCGGCAAGGAGUACUGCAACAAAUACUUCCUACGCACGCACAAGAUGAAGAGACACAACAUCUUCGUGCAAGACAACGAGAAGUCACCCGGCAACCCCGGCACGACCGCCACUUGGCAUCAGGUGCAAACCAGCCCGUUGAACUUGAUCGUCGCCGAGAGCACCGCGAGCUCAGAGUCAAACGACCGUGUCACUUCCGAGGAACACGAAUGCAGGCCCUGCGGUAUCCGCUUCCAAACGGCAGGUCUACACCAGGCGCACUGCAAGAAGAUGCACGAAGGCGAAGAGCGAGGCUCACCGAAGCAGGAAUACGACCCGGAUAGCUCGGACCCACGACCCACCUCCGACUCCAUCUCCGAGGACCUGCAGAAGCUGCAGACGAUGAUACUGCAAUUGAACGGCCUGGACCCGGCCAAGGGGGGAACGUCCUGCGCCGUCUGCGGCAAGGAGUGCGACUCAAGGUCGGCCUUGCGCGUUCAUAUGGCGACGGAGCACGGCGCCACGAGCGACGAGAUCCCAUCGUCGCCGCGGGACAAGUCGCCCGCUGCUAUUUCCGCCAUUUUCUGCACAGUGUGCGAGAAGGAUUAUCCCAGCCAGGAGGCACUGAGAAGACACAUCAACGAGGAGCAUCAGUCACCUGUCGCGUCAGCUGUCGUUGCCUUGCCGGCACUUCCGACGGCGGUCGCCAAUUCAACGCCAACUAGUCAAAUCCCUAGCGGCCAGACGACGACGACGACGACGACGACGACGACGCCGACGACGCCGACAACGACGACGACGACGACGACGACGACGACAACGGAGAGAAAAGUGACGUCAUUGACGCCCACGUCGAGUUACUGCGAGAUCUGCAACAAAGAGCUCUGCAACAAGUACUUCAUGAAGACGCACAUGCAACGGAUGCACGGCAUCGAGAUUGAGAACGGCGCGCAGAUAGGCGGCGUGAUCUGCAACAUUUGCAACAAGGAGCUGUGCAGCAAGUACUUCUUGCGCGUGCACAAGCACAACACUCACGGUAUCGUCGACGAGAACACCUCGGGCUCGACCAAUAGACAGGAUGUAUCUUACGAUGCUUCGGCCGCGGACGAGUCGGCGCUGAAGCCGGAACAGCUGGGAGACCUCAGUAACAGAUACUUCACCCACUUCACCGAGGUCUGUCCGAUCUGCAAUCGAAGAUUUCGCAGCGUCAAGUGGCUGAAGGCCCAUCUGAUGGGUGACCAUGGCAAAACAGGAAUCGACAAAUGGCGCGAGUUGGAACAACAGUAUCAAGCAACCGCCAGAACGGCCGGUAAAAGCGUCUCUUCGGCGAAGAGUAUCGGCCAACAAUCCUCAAAUCUGAAGAUCCCCAACGGCUUCGAGUUGCCGCAGCAGAAAUGCGCGGAUUACGCGAACUUGGGCAAUCAGGUGUUCUCGAAUCUCUUCGGGUCGUCGUCCGAAGAACAGCUGAAAAAUUACCGUUGCUCCUUCUGCAACUUCACGACGCCUGUGCUGCCGUUCCUCUUUCUUCACGAGCGAUUCCACGUGAAUCCCCAGGAGAACCUCGAAGGCGAAGGCCGAUCGCUGCAGUGCCCGAUCUGCUCGCAGGACUUCCAUCAGCCGGAACUGUUUCACCAGCACCUGCUCACCAAGCAUCAGUUCCCCACGCUGCUCUCGCAAUUCCAGCAGCCGAUGCAGCAGCCGAACAACUUCAGACCGGACAUGGAGAAACCGAGCGACGCCAAGGAGAGAAACGAUCCGGACGUAAAAGCGGACGACCGUGCGGGAUGCAGUCCUCAGGCUGGUCAGGAUCAGAGUGUCUCUGAGACCGGUGCUGCGAGAAACCAACGUCAGGACGAGACCGCGGUGCAGGUGACGCCUCAGGGCGUGUACAAGUGCGCGCAAUGCGGAUACGCGACGACGAAUCUGAAUCGGAUCAAGAAGCACGUGCGAAAGGAUCACAAAGCGAUCGGCGACCCGACCGAGACCGUGAUCGCCGAACUCAGCAAGACUCUCAAGGAGGUGGCGAACAAGCAAAAGAUGCCGGCCUGCUACGCGAUGCCGCAGGACAUGAACUCAAACCCCGACAAGACCAUCAUGCAACCGUUCCUCAUCGAGGAACAGGAUUUCAUGCAGGCGGGCGCUGAGUCGAGCUCGGCGAAGAGAUUCGCACCGGCUCUGGUCUACCUGCCGGUCAAGUCCAGAAUCAGCAACGCCCUGACCGCUUCCUUCACUCUCACCCCUGCCUGAGUACAUUAGCCGAAUUGCGCUAUUCCUCGCGGCUGCAUCUCGCAAACAGCGGCGAGCUGCCGUCGACGCCGACGCCGACGCCGACGCCGGCGGUGGCAACAUCCGCAUCUGCGACCUAAGCACGUGGUAUCGGUUCCUAUUUAUAUCGUAUAAGACGAGCGAGCUGCCGGCAAGUGUUAUUCGCACCGUAAUACUCUGACGUUUCACUGAUUUUUGCGUAUUUUUAGGAACUUUUGCAGCGCUUUCCUAUUAUCGAUUAAGCGAAAUCUCUCUCUCUCUCUCUCUCUCUCUCUCUCUCUCUCUCUCUGUUACUCGAAUCGACGCCAAGCAAGAAAAAGCGACGCGAUUAACGCGAUAUUUGAGCAGUCAGACAUCUACAUGACAUCGGAGGUAACGCCCUCGCAUCUCGCGUCAAAGUUGAUCCUGAAAUCGCUUGAUAUUCGAGGAUGCGAUCGAUCAUCUGCGAGGAAAUUUUCGCAGAAUCUCUGAAUCGUCUUCUCAGACGUUCAUCGAUUCCGGAAGUCGGUUUAAUCACACUACAACGUUAUCCUCGUGAAAGAUCACGAAGACGAUUCCGAUGAUAUGCGAUGGUGAUCAUUCAUGAGAAAGACUCGUCGCGCAUAACGUGAGAUUGUUCAUCACAUUUCGCGACACAUCAUCGACACUCACACGCUCGAAACACGGAGAGGUCGUCCUGGAGUCCUGGCGAAUAGUAGAAAUAUUAUUUUACUUUAUUUCGAGAUGCCCUCCGAGGACGACGAGAUUGGCAGACCGCUAAAACGAUGGUGGAAAAUAAUGUGACGGUUGUUAUAUUAUUGUUCUAAGUAGGGAACACGUUAUACUCUUGUAAAUACUUAAUCGCAACUAAUUAACACGAACGGGUGAUCGACAAAGUUCCUAUUUUAAAGCGCGACACACACAGGCUCGCCUAAAGGCAUAAAGGGGGUCUCCACUUUUUUCGCUCCGCAUUUCAUUUUGUCUUUCUCUCUCUCUCUCUCCCCCUUUUCUUCCCCCUCUCUUUCUCUCUCACCGCCUCCCCCCCUCUCCCCAUUCUUCCCACUUGUUUUAGCCUCGGUUUUGCUUUUGCUCAAAUUAACCAAUUCGCGCGUGAAAUCGAGCAUAAUCGCAUUUGAUCAGCACUAAUAAGCGCACCACCU